AUGUCUGGCCAUAUUAGUGGUUUGUUGGAUUACGAUAUGAAUCCUGUUACAGCACAGUAUAUUUUAUUUACCUCAUUACAAAAACUUGAUCAAGCUAAACGUUCUCGUGGAGGUAUUAGACUGCGUCAUAGUCUUAUGAUCACUGUAACUGCACUGAAAGCUAAACAACUUUUAUGGGGUCAAAAUCAAUCAGUUCACGAAAAUGAAUACCUGUCAAAACCUCAUUUACGUGAUGACGAAUAUGAGACUGUUCACUUGGCAUGUCAUGUGUAUGAUCAACCAGUUUCAAAUCAAGGACUUAAUGAGUUCUAUCUCCGCGACGCAAAUGAACCUUACUUUCCCCCACCAGUAGAUGAAAUGAUGGAAGUCGACAGUACAGAUUUAGUCAAUACUCCAUCUAAACGAUUACGUCAUGAUUACACAUUCUCUUCAUCUCCUUCAGCAGUACCAUCAUACAAUGAACCUUAUCUAGUCAGUAUUAAAUAA